AUGCUGAUUCGCAACUGGAAAGACUUUAAUUCGGGCUUUUUUCGCAUUGUCAUCGCCGAUUAUUGCUUUGUGAGUUUGCCACAAUUCUGCAAAAUUCGCUCGAUUUCUCAUAUCGACAAUUGCAGAAUCUGUUCACGUACCUCAACUCGAUGGUGACCCUUCGAGUGCCAAACGGCACGUGUAAAUCGUGUGCUCUAGCCGAUUUUUUCGAGGAUCUGGGAAAAGAGAAUCAGAAUAAGACUGCCGACUUUUUGUACAUUUUCUAUUUUUUCCACUUUGGAAACGCCUAUUUUCAAUACUCGAUGACUACAUUGAUGUCUCUCAACAGAGCCACCUCCAUCUUUUUCUAUUUUUCCAAUGAAAAGGUAGGCUGGGACGACGCGGAAAUUUGUUGCAGACUUCUUGGGCUUGGACUGUAGUAUGUUGGGUUCAGGCUCGGGACCAGAUGAUCUCGUACCCAAUAUACUAAGCCUAAGAAGUCUGCAAAGUUUGGGUCCGAAGCCUGGGCCGGCCUAUUUGAAACUGACAAGACCGUAAACUUGCGCGGAAAUUUGCAGAUCUGGAAAGUGGUAUUCCCAACGACAAUCGGUCUAAUGAUCGUCAUCGCCGUUUGGUUCACAAGGACUAUUUUGGCGUCAGUGCCUUAUUAUAUGUACAACGAAUCGCUGGAUAUCUAUUCGAUCACUGCCGAUACGGUAGGCGCCAGAGUUGAGCGGAAGAAUUUUUAUCUUUUUUAGAAAAUUUUUUCAUGGAAUGUGAUCAACUGACGAAAUGUAGAGCAAAGUGAACUGUGCUCAUAGAAAAAUAAUUGUUAAUUUAGCGUUUCAUACAAAAAAUUUAUUCGAGAUGUUCCGUGAAAAAAGGGGGCUAACGGAACAACUCGAAUAACUUUUUUGUAUGAAAAGUCAAAUUCACAAUUAUUUUUCUAUGAGCAGAGUUCACUUUGCUAUACAUUUCGUCAGUUGAUCACAUUCCAUGAAAAAAUUUUCUAAAAAAGAUAAAAAUUCUUCCGUUGAGUUCAUCUGCUCAACUCUGGUAGGCGCACGUUUUUCGGGGGGCAUUUACAAGGGAACCUUUUAAGUGAUUAAAGGAACCAGCCUAAACUAACGACACAGUUCGAGAGAGGGACUUUCAAAACCUAUAUUCCAGUUUUCAAAAGCUGCUUUCGAGACCUCUGAAAUGCUGAAAUUCCAGUCCGAAGUUUGACAUUUCUUAACCAUAGAUUUCGCAUUUUGAUGGCGCGGCGACCCACCCUCACACCCUUGCCACGCGCCACGAUUGUCACCGCCCGCAACACACCACGAAAAUGUGGUCGAGUGGCGCAGGAGUUAACGGUGGGGAUGAGAGGAAUGUGGUCACGGGCUCGACUCCCUGGUUUUGCUUUUUCUUUUUUCUUUCUUUUUUUCAUAUAUUUUUGACGAAAUUGUUUUGAAAUGUUGAUUUUUGAAGGGAUUAAAGUUGCCAACUGAAGUUCCUCAUCGUGUAUGCGGAAAUUCUUCAUCAACACAUGAAUCUUUUUUGCGAUGGUUUUUUUCAGAACAGCGUUUGAGUGCAGUUGAUUCUUUGAUCCAUAACUCGAAGGGGAAUUUUUGUAGAGAAUAAUGCUCAACUACAAAGUUGAUCAGCAUGACAUUUACUACAACUUUUCAGUUGACCACUUCUUUCUACAAUUUUUUGUUUUUGAGAUACAGGCUGUUGAUUAAAAGUGGGUCGUAUCACAAAAAUCAGCAAGUUUUCAAAAAAGUUGUCAACUAAAAAAGUAUGGAAAGUGUCUUCAGUAAUGUUUCUUUAGUUGACGACUUUUUGAUAUCUCAUUCAAUUCGCGAGAUACAGCAAGAUUUUGUACUACCAUCUUUAACAGCCUGUAUCUCAAAAACAAAAAAUUGUAGAAGGAAGUGGUAAACUGGAAAGUUGUUGUAAAUGUCAUGCUGAUCAACUUUGUAGUUGAGCAUUAUUCUCUACAAAAAUUCCCCUUCGAGUUAUGGAUCAAAGAAUCAACUGCACUCAAACGCUGUUCUGAAAAAAACCAUCGCAAAAAAGAUUCAUGUGUUGAUGAAGAAUUUCCGCAUACACGAUGAGGAACUUCAGUUGGCAACUUUAAUCCCUUCAAAAAUCAACAUUUCAAAACAAUUUCGUCAAAAAUAUAUGAAAAAAAGAAAGAAAAAAGAAAAAGCAAAACCAGGGAGUCGAGCCCGUGACCACAUUCCUCUCAUCCCCACCGUUAACUCCUGCGCCACUCGACCACAUUUUCGUGGUGUGUUGCGGGCGGUGACAAUCGUGGCGCGUGGCAAGGGUGUGAGGGUGGGUCGCCGCGCCAUCAAAAUGCGAAAUCUAUGGUUAAGAAAUGUCAAACUUCGGACUGGAAUUUCAGCAUUUCAGAGGUCUCGAAAGCAGCUUUUGAAAACUGGAAUAUAGGUUUUGAAAGUCCCUCUCUCGAACUGUGUCGUUAGUUUAGGCUGGUUCCUUUAAUCACUUAAAAGGUUCCCUUGUUAGGCUAGUAAAACUUUGCAAAAUGAAAACUUUGUAAUUCGGCGGCGAAUAGCAAAAUCCGCGUCAUCGUUAUUCAGUUCAAAAAGUCAGGGUAAUGUGCCGCUUCAUGGAGAAUGGAAUGGGAAAAAAUCGAGGAAAACGGAAGUGCAUGCAGUUUUGAAUGUUCAGGACAUUCUGUCGGCGUACUGGAACGUCAUCCGCUACAUGGCUUUCGCCGUGCUCUCCUCUGUGAUUCUCAACACGAGUUCGGUGAUGAAAUUGAAAUUGAUGCAACAGAAGUUGUCGACGGUCGAGCGCAAUUUGUUGUUCGCCACGAUCACCUCGUCGUUUGUUCAGUGUGCCGCCGCUGCGAAUACAGUGAACUUUCUAAAACAACCUUAACUUUUAAAUUAAAUUUUUUCAGUUUCUACUUCAAUUGGACCUCAAGCGGACCACUUUAUGGGGACAAUUCGCGCAACUAAUGCUGCCAUUUUCCAGCGAUUUUUUGACAAUCAGUCAGCCGUAUAUAUUGAUUUUUUUGAGCUCAAAGGCAAGUUUACGAGGUUUCUCUUUAACUUUAAACAUUUUUUCAGGUCCGUACCGCGAUGGCUAACAUGUAUUUCUCGAAAAAUUCCAAAGUCAAUGUAAUGUUCACUAAAACCAAUGGUAAUUUAUUGAUUUUUUUAGAAAGUCUUUGUUCUUCAAACAUUUUCAGAAUGA